CUCAAAAUUAAUUGGUUGGGAGCAACGAAAUUGAACCACAAUUGUUUUAUUGUUAGCUCACUAAAUAUUAUCUUCUCGACGUGAUAAAUAAACUAAUUGAUAAAUUCUCACAAAACGUUGUUGCGUGUUUUCAUUAGCAUGUCACUCAUACAAUUUAAACCAAUCUAAUUCUAAAAUAACAAUGGAUUAAUCUUAUGACUUUGAAAUAACAUGUUUGACAAAUCAUUGUGGACUAGUUGUGCUCUCCGAUAUAAAGUCUGGUUAUCCAUUCACUUAUUCUGUGCACUAUGUUUAUGUUUUCUUGGCUAGUGUUCCUUAGCCUGUUGAUUAAUGCCAAUAUAUUACUGUCAUAUUCUUCGCCAGUCAAAGAGACACCUCCACAACAGGUUGGGUUGAUAUAUGAUGAAGAAACUCGGCGCGCACGGGAACAAUACUAUCGGAAACACAUUGGAGGAAAUCAGAGCUCUCCAAUGUACAGUUAUGAUUAUCAUGAUGUGACAAACGUUACUCAUGUAGUCAUCAGUAUAUCAAAACGCGAUUUGGUAUUUUUCGAUGAUUAUAAAAUCAAACCUGUUAUGUGUUUCAUCAACUACAGCAGUCAAGUACCUUUAGUCUUAUCCUAUGAUCUAGAUUCCAGUUAUUCUGUGGAGUUAGUUAAUAAAUCUAGGUAUUGGUUACCGCCUUCAUCAGAAACCAGUACAAAUAUAUCACUUUACAUAUUGCCAAAACUGCUGGGGUUAGACUAUUUGAUGUUUUUAAUUAGUGUGGAUAGGCCGAAAUCUGGAUACAACACUUCUACGUCAUGGCUUACUAAUAAAUCCGAAUCUCUCAGAAAUAAAUAUUAUGAUGAUUUAGCAACUCACCAUCAGUUGAAUCUCUCCUUGCUCAAUACACUGGAAGUUGAUGAUGUCAAUGAGAACAAAAUAUUAGCUUUUCCAGUCAUUGUAACAUUAGACAGAGGGAUCGGUUAUCGAGUUUACCGUAUAUUCAUCAUGGUCAUGCUAAUUGUGUUCACUUUUGUAAUGGGGUGUGAUUUGGAACUCUCUGUGAUUUUGUAUCAUUUUAAAAGACCCGUUUCUAUAUCUGUUGGAUUCUUUUGUCAAUUCUUUUUCAUGCCAUUGAUUGCACUUUGCAUUACAAAAAUUAUCCCAAUUAGAUCGGAGUUUGGUUUCGGAUUACUCACCAUUGCUUGUUCUCCAGGGGGUGGUAACAGUAAUGGUUGGUCUUUUCUACUCGGUGGUGACAUCAACUUGAGCAUGUUAAUGACGUUCAUCAGUAAUUUAGCAGCUCUUUUCAUGAUGCCAUUUCUUCUAUUCGUCUACGGUCGGUUCUUCAUUGAUGUGACCAGAAUAGAAAUUCCAUACUUCUAUGUUUUCUUGCAGUUGUUACAGAUAGCAAUACCCGCAUUAGUAGGUUUAGGUCUACGUAUAUGGAAACCGAAUUUUGCUAAGAAAUUCAGUAAACUAGUCGGUCCAUUGUUUAAAUUUCAAAUAGUAUUCUUUUUAACUGUUGGUGUGUACAUUAAUUGGUCAUUGUUUCGCCUAUUAGGUGCUUUUCCUUUACUUGUUCUUAUAUGUGCAUUGUUACCCUGGCUUGGUUUUUGUAUCAGCUCAUUGUUCGCAUUCAUUUUACGACAAUCAUUUCAAUCAAUUAUUACGGUGGCUUUAGAGACUGGUAUACAAAAUAUCGCUAUUGCGAUCCUCGUCCUAUUAUAUGUAAUGCCGAAACCAACUGGUGAAUUAGGCGCUAUUAUGCCAAUUGCUGUAGCUGAUUUAACACCUAUACCGUUGUAUAUAAUAUACUCAUCCAUGUUAAUUAAACGUAAAUGUUGUAAUCAGCAGAAAAAGUCUAAUGACAUCGAAAAAUCUUUUCCUACAGAGAUGAGCAAUGAGUGUAUUAAUGACGUAAUGAAGACCGAAAAUGAUACCAGUGUACCACAAACAAAAGUAUCAUUAACAGGAGUAACAACAACUGUUAGUGACACUGAAACUUAUUAAACAAUAAAAAAUGGUGCCUUAUAAAAUCAUUUC